GCUGUGCCUGACCCACACGGGGGUCCCCCCCCUCUCCCAGCCGCGGGACCCGAGCGGAUCCGCGUGUGUCGUCCCCCCCCUCCUCAAAUCCAGGAUGGAGGGGCGCGGGGAGACGGGCGAGGAGGAGGAGGAAGAGGAGGAAGAGGAAGAGGAGGAAGAGGAAGGGGUGCGCAUCACCCCCCAGCUGCUGAAGGCCACCACGGGGGAGUUCGCCCUGGAGUCCAUCCUCCUGCUGCGGCUACCGGGCCGGGGAAUCGGCCACCUGGGCUGCUUGGGCGACUGCGCCAACCUGGAGUGGUUGGACCUUUCGGGCAACUCCAUCGCCCAACUGGGGCCACUGGCUUCCCUCAAAUCCCUGGCCGUCCUCAACCUGGCCCGUAACCGCGUGGCCAGCCUGGAACCCCUCAGCGCUUGCCAAAACCUCCAGAGCCUCAACGUGGCCGGUAACCGGGUGAGCAGCCUGCACCAGCUGCGGUGCCUGGCGGGGCUGCGGCGCCUGGAGAGCCUGAGGCUACGGGAUCCACUAGCCCGUUUGGCUAACCCGCUCUGCCUCACCUCCCCCGCAUACCGCGCCGCUCUGGCCGACAUGUUGCCCGGCCUCAAAGCCAUCGACGGCGAGCGCCUGUCGGGUCGGGGCAGUGAGUUUUACCAGCUUUGCCGGGAUCUCGACAACUCGCUGGGACGCGGCGGCGGCACUGGUGGCAGCACCGGUGGCACCGGCUCCCAACAGCCCCGGGUGGCUCAACCCUGGGUGGAAGCGGGUUUUUGGGAGCCCCGUCCCCCCCGGCGCAGCUCCAUCAUGGAAGAAGCCUACAGACAGUUUGGGGAGGUGCUGCAGGAAUGCCGGGAGCUGAGCCGACGCGCCGACGACACCAUCGCCCAGGCCGAGCGGGCGCUCAGCACCCGCCCUGACCCCAACUCCUUCGUCUUCUGAGCCCCGAGACCCCCCCACACACACUCCCCACUCCCACGAGGUGUCCCCCCCAAGUGCCACCACCACCCCGUCACCGAAGGAGGAAACCACAGGAACACCAGACACACGCCAUCAUCACCCUGGGGGUCCUCGUCCCCUGCCCCCCUCAUCCCGCAGGGAAUUUGGAGCCAUCCCCAAGCUCCCCAGCCUGGAGGGGGAGACUGGGGGGCUGGGAGGUGG